AUGUGCUACGGCUGUGGAAAUCCAUGUGAACCCUUGCCAUCACCACCGCCACCCGUCAUCGAAUGCCCACCACCUCCAGCUCCUCCUCCACCAUCACCGCCGCCCGUCAUCGAAUGCCCACCCCCUCCAGCUCCUCCUCCACAAUCUCCGCUGCCUCCUAAAGGACCAGAAUGCCCCCCUCCACCCAAGCCUCCUUGCCAAGAAAAUACUUGUGGUGGUGACGAUGAAGACGGCCAUAUUGUUUACCCAAAUCCCCCAUUUAUGCCCUACGGUGAUGCUCCUCCAGCUUCCUACUUUCCCAAUUACAAUAUGCCUCAAUCUUAUUAUUCAAGCUCUUUCACAAUUUAUCCCAAUAAUGGAGCGCUGAUCAACUACAUGCAAAGUUUGUGGCCCUUUGCCAUAUGGGGGAAAGAUCUGAUUGGACAAUUUCCCAAAGAAAAAGGUGGAGUGCAAUAUGAUUACUUCACCAAAUGGACGGAAGUCGAAGCACUGGCAAUAAUCACAUCCAAGAAUGUUUUGGAAUUUUAUGCAACUGGGCAAACACCUUUUGUCAUGGCCUAUGGCUAUGAGGCAAUGUUACCCGUUCAAUUAGAACCUCCAUCCCAUUGA